GUGACGGUCUCCAAUGUGGCAGGCAUGGUCAACUCAGUGUGCUUGAUGUCCCUCCGGGCCGGCAACAGGAUAACUGAUUAAUGUAGAGAGUCGUGUCUUUCUGGACGUAACAUUGUACAAGUGCGUACACAGGUGCCCUCUGAUUCACAAGGAAAACAUAAUAUUUUCAGUUGCCUCUGUGGGAGGCAAUACAUUCUACAACUGGAGGACACCCAAGAAUGACAAAUAACAAAAGGAAACUCGUUUUCCUUCUUUUCGCUGCCCUCGUCAACGUCCUCGUUUUUGGAUGGAUGGUGUCGUCUCGACUCGUGACCAAGACAUGGCAGAUCACUUUAAUAAGAGAGAGACAAGCGCCUGAGUUGUCAGAAACGCGCUUUUCCUCAACAAACUCCAUCUCUGUGCGUCACGUCGACAUUGACGUAACCAAAUGCCCAGACAUUCUCUCCGGAAUGACCACAGGUCGUUGGAAGACACGGCCUCUGACCAGGGAGGAGGAAGCCUCCAUAGACUCUUAUCUGAAAGACGAAAGAGUCGCUUACCGGAUCCCGUCAACUUACCAGAGGCCUGAUGGGAAAUGUGGUAACGUCAAUUACCCGAACGCCCCCCAGUACAAACACAUGUGGUUUAAAGCUAUAUGUGACCCCAAGGGGCAAACACCGUGCUGUCUAACAGACAGAUGUGUCUCGCUCCCAGAGGACCAGUGCCGCUGCCCCACGUGUUACGAUGAGCGUCAGGCCAUACACGCAGAGUACGCCAACUGGACAUCACAUGACCCUAGAUGUCAGGUCACACAGUUUAACAAUACCCAGGCGUGCGAGGUUUUGCGCGGGAAAACUCUCCAUUUCGUGGGGGAUUCCUUCAUCCGACACGUCUAUGCCGCCUUGGUGAUCGUGCUCACGGGGAACAAAGUGGAUGGUGCCCUGAAGAGAACCGCUCAUCCGGAUACACACAAGUCUUCCCCUCCACCGAGUUUCGCCUGACGCCACCUUUGCUCCAUUCUCUACGCCACGUCAAUAACUCGCUCCUCAUCAUGGGUAUUGGUAUCCAUGACAACUUCAACACAGAUUCAGUGGCACGGCGUUUCCUCUUACCGUUUCUCAACCUCCACGAGAAACUCUCCACGAACACGUCCAUGAACGUGACACUUGACGACGUUGUCACCAAUUUCGGAAAUCUUAACUUUUCCUCUUUGACGGACGGCGUGUUACAGAACUCCAGCGCCCAACCUGUUUCCUCGCUGUUUGAGUAUCUUUUACAAUACGACCCAGAUCAGAUACUGAAAGCUUUGGGAAUCAGUUAUCCUCUACAGGGAGAUGGCGAUUUCGGAGGAAACUUUGGCGCUUUUCAAAGAAAAAGCGCGAGUCAGAUUCUCAAAGCUCUAAACAUAGAGCCAAACUGGCUGCAAAAGUUAGGAAAUAAAAGUUAUGAGACGCCGACGAACACAACUGUAUCACCAGACAAGGACCCUCCAGCUUUUCAGUCGUUAAUGUUCAAAGGAAAUCGUAGUGUACCCCCUGAAGACAGACAAGUCAAAUUCACAAACUCGACCGUUUUAUUUCACCUUUUACCCUCGGAAGGGGUGGAGCCUCAUCGGCGUUGGCCCCGCCUCCUAUGGAUGGGAACACACGCCCCUGGUUUACUCAAAUCUCCCCAUUUCGCUGCUCAAACUGCGGGCGGAGUGCAGAAAUUUAACAAGGGCAUUCAGACAAUCCUCAGAACUUGGAAAGUGCCAUAUUUGGAUACGUUUGCUUUCAGUAAUGGAACAGUCAGCUUUGAUGGUACCCACUACGGGUGGGGAGUAAAUAUGCUAAAAGUUGACAUGUUGCUUACGUAUAUACGAGAGCAUUUAUUCAGUAUUCAUGUAUCUUAGUGUUUUUAGUGAGUUAACGAAAUUUAUCAUUAUCAUAUCAUAUUUACAUAGUGUUGUUGCUUUCAUAUGCAUGUGCGAUAUUUUGAAGUUGAAGGGAGUGGUGGAGUAACUGCUUGGUGGAAACUACAAAUAUUCAAUUUCCUAUCUUUUUUGAACGCAUGGCUAUCUGAAAUUGACUGUUGAUUUAUCUGUGUAAUUUAUACUCAAGUAUGACUCCAACCUGCCGCGUGUUGCACAGAGGUAUCCAGAUAGAUCUUAUUCAAUAAUGAC